CUAACAAGUGAACAGGAACUGCCCCGUUUGUUGCCAAUGUUUUCCUCCCUGUACAGUACGUGGAAUCGUUGCAGGGGGAGGAGAAGUUUCUCAGAGCUGCGUUAGUUGGGACUGGUGGAUUAUACUCCAUUCAGACUCCCCGCCCUGCUGUUUGGAGCCCGGGGGCACAGGGAUGUUUAAGCGGUUUAAGAGACGGGGCUCUCCCGUGAGCCGGAGCCGCCAGCCCUCUGUUACUGCCCGCCCGGAGCUGACCGCUCGGAGGUACUGCCGGCCACACUUUCUCCAUCAGAACCCAGCGGAGACGAGCCAGUGCGGAGACCAGAGUGUCAGGCCGGUCCUGCUUCCUCCCAGGAACAAGAAAUUGCCUUGCAACACCGGCUACGCGGAGGUUACCAAUGCCGGCAAAAGUAUUUUCAAUGAAGAUCAGGCAACAUGCCGAACAAUCUACCUCCGAAAAGCAUUUGACAUUGAAGAGGAAUGGGUGCUUUUGUGCCCAAAUGAAGACACACAAGACCAAGGCAUCACAGCCACCUACUGGGGGUUGUUUGAUGGUCACGGGGGUCCCAUGGCUGCAGUAUUGGCAUCUGAGCAUUUACAUCACUGCAUCAAAGAACAGCUGGAGGAAAUCCUGGAUAUUAUCAGCAACCCUUGCAACAUCCCACCCCCUUUCCACCUCGAUUGCCUCAAGAGGACGCAAACUGAAAUAAGCUAUGGAAUCGAGAAAGACAUCUGCGUCGAGAACCUGGUGAAAGGUGCGUUGGAGACAGCCUUCAAAAACUGCGAUGAGCUGAUUGAGAAUUACCAGAGAUCCCAUGGUCAUGUAGGAGGCUGCACAGCUUUGGCCAUCCUCCGCUUGCAGGGAAAUUUGUAUGUGGCUAACGCAGGAGAUAGCAGAGCAAUUAUUGUACACAAGAAUGGAGUUCGGCCACUAUCCAAUGAAUUCACAGCUGUGACUGAGAGACAAAGGAUUCAACAUCUGGCCUUCCUGAAGCCUGAGUUGCUUGGUGAAGAGUUUUCGAGAUAUGAGGUCCCUCGCAGAGUGAAAAGGAGUGAUAUUGGCACAAAAAUCUUGUACCGAGACUACUUCAUGUCUGGCUGGGGAUACAAAACUGCAGAAGAAGAUGACCUCAAGUACCCUGUUGUGCAUGGGGAUGGAAGACAGACACGAGUGAUGGGGAUGAUUGCAGUCACACGAGGCUUCGGAGACCAUGGAUUGAAGGCCUAUGAUACUAAUCUCUAUGUAAAACCAUUUCUGUCCUGUAUUCCAGAGGUUACAGUCUUUGACGUGAGACAACAUAAAUUUGACCAAAGUGAUGUUCUGAUAAUGGCCACUGAUGGAUUAUGGGAUAUUGUCUCCAAUAAGGAAGUGGCAGAGAUCAGUCGGAACUUUUUGGAAGACCAGAAACAUAACCCACGCAGGUAUACGCUAUUGGCCCAGUGUCUUGUGAAUAAAGCAAGAGGCACGCGACAAGAAAAUGACUGGAAACUGGAAGAUGGCAACUUUGCCUCAUUUGACGACAUAUCAGUAUUUGUGAUCCCAUUGCAUAACUUAGGGGGAGCAGUGUAAGUUUUCACCUGAAGCACACUGGAAGGUUUCCAAAGCUGACAAUUUAAUGGUGGCGUUCCAAGCGUACACGUGUGUUUACAAUAGACUUGAGGAUCACUGCAGGUGCAUGAGAAGAACAUCCUGUCAAAGUGCCUGAAAUACCACUCACUCCUUUUCCAUGAGCAAUAUUGCAUUAGUGAAUACUCAUGAGAACAUAUGCCAGGGAAAAUGGCCAGUUUCAUGCUUACACUUAAUGUUUUGCCACCAAUGGGGAUUGUUUAGUGAAUCUUUGCUAAGCCAACAGUGUGCAGUGUUGCUGUUCCCAAUCAAAAGAGGAAAUACACAUUGUUGGAUUCCUUUUUGGCUGCUAGGUCCCAGCCUAACUUACAUUCUGGGUGGCCUCUGUUGAAUUUCAAUUUAUUGGUAUUGACUAACUUGACUGAUAUUGGCCAGUUUAAGGUUGUGAAACAUGUCCCCUAUCUGUACUGUAGGAGAGAGAUUCUUUCAAGUACUUAACAAGCACAAAAUGAAGACCUUUCUAAAAUCAAGGUAAUUCUAAGUAACAUUUUUUUAGAUCAGAGGACAAGUAAAUUGGUAAAAAUAGUUUCAGAUUAUGUAGAGUAAAAAAGGGAAAGGCUAAACUGUGAGUAAAGAGAAAUUAUUUAAUUUUCAUAUUUUAUUUCAUGUAGCAGUGCCAUUUUUUCACAUCCAUAUUUGGUUCUAUGUAUAAAUAUUGAAGAGUAGUUAGUUUCCUUAAUAAAGAAAACAAGGAUCAAUGAUGAUUACUAUCAGCAAGAUUUCUCAAAAUACAUCAACACUUUUUAAAAGUCUGACACCAAAUGUACAUGAACUAAUGACAGCAUCUGAAGUCUGAGGGUAGUGUAGCUUUGUUACUGAAACUGCAGCAAAAGCACUGACAAGUUAUUUAAAGACACCCCAUGGAACUCGGAUUUAAAAACAUUAAAGUUUCCAGAGGAACUUGAAGCAGAAAAACAAAAACUUACCCCUCAGAUUACGAAGAGCAUGUGAGGCCGGGUUGGUCCGGGAAGUUUCUUCAUUGCCUGAGAGACCGAAACAAUUGUGGGUAACCCAGUUAAACUAGAAUACGGGCCAUUAAGUGGUGAUUUCUCCAACUCAGCUGCUAACUUUGAGGGAUUAAGUGAGAGAAUUCCUGGGGAAUCUCAAACCUUUAAACCCUCCAACAUGUAAGAACUGCAGCCUCAAAUGUCAGUCCCCUUCCUUUGUAAUAGUGUACACUAUUAAAAAAAAAUAUCGCACAACACCAGGUUAUAGUCGAACAGGUUAGUUUGGAAGUACCAGCUUUAAUCAGCUACCUGAAGGAGCAGUGCUCUGAAAGCUAUUACUUCCAAAUAAAUCCGAUUUUAAUUUUGUUCACCCCAUGUGGCACCUCCACAUUGUAGUGUAUAAUAACAGUCCUUAUCUGAAUUUGUCUGAAUUCUCAGUAGUUAUAACAGGAGGCUGGCCACCAAAUUCAAUAACUGGUGCAUUCAAAUUUUAGUGUGGCACUUUGACAUUGCUUCCCUUCUUAAUUGUGGAAAACCAUGUCAUACCCAUUAUCUAUGUACUAUCACAACCCUGACUGACAAACGGUAACAACAGUUACAUAGAUAUUUAACCCUGCAGCCUACACAGGCCAUUUGAUGAAAUACUAUAAAUAUCUUCUGUAAAUGUUUUAAAUGCUGGAAAUUAUGGAGGACAACUAAAUAAAAUUAAAACAUUUUGA